AUGGAAAGGAUCGAGAAAUCGAUUGCAAAGGAAGAAGAGGAAUUGGACAGGAGGAUUGAGAGAUUGAUGGCGGCAGUAGAGGGGAGUGGUGGCAGCGAGAGCGAGAGAUCGACAGACGGGAACGAAUGGAAUUGGUCGGAGAGGGCGAGAGAUCGAAAGCCGAAGGAAGAGGAAGCAGUAGCAAGUGAUUCAGAAAGGUUAAGGGACGGAAGGUACGAGAGUGUGAGACAAGGUGAGAAAGGAGAAAAGCGGGCAGAGAAGAGACAUUGGAGGAGAAGAGCGGAAGGAAAGGAGGAAGGAAAGAGAGUUUGGAAGCAGGGGCGAAGGAAGAGGGGGAGAAGGCGAAGAGAAAGAGAGGAGAGAGAAGAUACAGGGAAACCACAGGCGGAGGAGGGAAGAAGAAGGAGAGGAGUGAAGGGGAGGGAAGGAAGAGUCGUGGUAGAGAAGGAAAAAGGAACGGAGGCAAGAGUGGAGAAUAGAAGGAUUUGGUUGGAUGGGAGGGAAUGGAGAUGGAUAGGAGGAGAAGAGGGAAGGGGAGAGGAGUGGAGAAUGCUAUAG